AUGGCAGCCCUCCUGCUGUCUCUACAGAAAUUGAACUUAUCGCGCUCUUUUUGGAGUACUGUAGCCCCCGCCAAUCCCGAUGUGGCUGUUGCCGUGUUCCUUCACAUCCACCAAGGAUUCUGUGCCGAUGAGAACAUCCAUGUGGUUGUCCAGCGGCUGAAUCUAUCUGCUGAGCAAGCGGGCACUGUCCUGAAAGGGUAUUACUCGGUCUGGAACAUCCUUGAGGUGCGUCAGUUGGUGCCCGAGGUCCCUGCUCCUGCCAUCUUUUCUGACUCUAACACCAGGCUUGCUGCCAUGUUUGGUAGCAUUGGCGGUGCCAACAGCUAUCUUGACGAAGCAGCAUGGCUUCUCGAUGUAUACGGCCCGCUACUAUCAGAUUUUGUUGCCCAUAUGUCUGGCUUCCUCAAGCGCGUAUCUUCCGACCCAAUGUUUGCAAAGGCCUAUUCAUGCCCCCUGGAUAUUGCUGGCUGGCUUGCUUCUCCCGAUACAGUGCCUGGCGCCAGGUAUUUGCUGACUGCACCAGUUAUUUCCCCCAUGCUAGGACUAAUUCAGGCUAUGCAUGUGGUUGUCUUGUACAAGACGCUCAAUAUGAGCCCUGGCGACCUUGUCUCACGCUUUAAUGUUGCAAUCGGACACAGCCAGGGUCUAACCAUGGCUGCUGCCUUUGCUUCUGUGACUGACGAGGCAUCAUUCUAUGCUGUUACUGAACGUAUGCUCAGUAUUUCCCUUGCGAUAGCAGUUAUUGGCCAACUGAAUUUUUCACCAGAUGCCUCAUAUGGGGACAAAUCAGAAUGUUCGUUACCCACUGGCAACUUGUCCGUGCCGAUGAUCUCUAUUCGUGGUCUGACCAAGGAUAUGUUGGAGCCAUUCGUUGCUGCGUUUAAUGCAAACUGCAUGGUCGAGGAUUCGAAAGUUAGCCUGGCCUUAAUUAACGGUCGCUCGAACAUUGUCGUUUCUGGCAAACCGAAUUCUAUCGCAGGUUUUACCAACUACCUUAGAAAGCACACUGCCCUGCCGACAGAGGAUCAGUCGCGCGUUCAAUUUUCCCUACGCAAACCAGCUGCAAUCGUUCUUCCGCUCAACAUGACGCUUCCAACUCACUGCGCUAUAAUGGCAGAUGUUGUGCCGAAGGUGUAUGAGGUUGUCACCGCAAAGGGGUGGGUCCUCAACGCUGACACUCUUCGUAUUCGAGUAAACGCUGGUAUGGAUGGUCACGAUCUUCGUGAUGAAGUAGACCUUACUAAGUACUUGAUUGGCACACCGAUGCCACACACAUCGUCGACUUCAGUCCUGGCAGGUUUCAGUGCUUUUGGGAAAUACACUAGGGACAUCUUGGAUGGCUACGGAAAAACUGUUAUCAGCACCAGUGCACUUAUUUCUGACACCCAGUCACGCAUGGGAUCCAAGGCUGAUUUGUUCAAGCAGAAUAUUUCCGAUGUCUUCUCAGCGCCAAACUGGCAGAGUGCGUUCGGUCCACGCCUUGUUCAAACCGCGCAUGAGGGUCAGCUUCAUAUUCGCACCCGCAUGUCACUCACUCUUGGACUUCCACCAGUGAUGGUUGCAGGAAUGAUCCCGACUAUGUCCAACGAGCACUUUGUCGCAGCUAUCAGCAAUGCUGGGUACCAUGUCGAGCUUGCUGGUAGUGGAAUCUACACUGAAGCGGGGUUCAGAAAAGGGUUGAGAAUUUGGUCAACCUCCUUGAACCAGUGGACAUUCCAGUAUCCUAGUAUUCUGCGUAUGCGGCGGGAAGGAGUGCCAAUCACAGGGCUCUGUAUUGGCGCCAGUGUUCCCUCGGUUGACGUUGCUAACGGCAUAAUCGCAGAGUUGCGUGACGCGGGAAUACGCCAUGUUGCGUUCAAGCCCAGGUCAGUCGCUACAAUUCUCCAGACACUUGCGAUCGCCAGGGCAAACCCAGACUUCCCUGUCAUUAUCCAGUGGACUGGCGUCGUGGUAGUGGUCACCAUUCAUGUGAGGAGUUCACGAGCCAAUUUUGGAAACCUACAGUAA